AUGGCAAUCAGUCUCAUUACUGGCCUUUUGCCACAUCACAGGUUUAACUGGAGAACUCAGAAAGCCAAGUUCUCUGCUGUGGACCAGGCCCAGCUUGCACGACAUUUCGUCAGAAACACAUACAAGGUGCUGGAGCGACGGCUCAGAGGUGAAGAGAGCUGCUCUCCCAGAGGUCGGGAGUUCGAUUCCCGACACCCACACAGUAGCUCACAACCAUCUAUAGUGAGAUCUAGCGCCCUCUACUGUCAAAGUACAUUGACCUACAAUGAUGUGCAUGUGAACUUCACUCGAGAAGAGCGGGCUUUGCUGAAUCCUUCCCAGAGGAAUCUCUACAAAGAUGUGAUGCUGGAGACCUACGGGAACCUCACUGCUAUAGGUUAUAAUUGGGAAGGUCAUAAUGUUGAAGAGCAUUGUCAAAGUUCUAGAAGACAUGCAAGGUAUGAAAACAGUCAUAGUGGACAUAAACCCCCUGAAGAUACUCAAUAUGACAAAGUCUUUACACAUCCCAGGAAUGUCCACAUAUAUGAAAGUAUGCAUACUGGUAAGGAUCGCUAUGAAUCAAAACAAUAUGGUAACACUUUUGCAAAUAACAGUCAUCUGCUAAGUCAUAAAAGGACACAUAUAGGAGAGAAACCCCAUGAAUGUAAUCAAUGUGGAAAAACCUUUGCAAGUAAUAGUUAUCUCCUAAGACACAGAAGAACUCACAGUGGAGAGAAACCUAUGAAUGUAACCAGUGUGGUAAAGCCUUUGCACAGAGGAAUAAUCUCCUAUCACAUAAAAGAACUCACACUGGAGGAAAACCCUAUGAAUGUAACUAGUGUGGUAACGCCUUUGCAAGUAAUAGUCAUCUCCUAAGACAUAGAAGAACUCACAAUGGAGAAAAACCUUAUGAAUGUAACCAGUGUGGUAAAGCCUUUGCACAGAGCAAUAAUCUCCUAUUACAUAACAGAACUCACACUGGAGAGAAACCCUAUGAACGUAACCAGUGUGGUAAAGCCUUUACACAUAAUAGUGAUCUCCUCGUACAUAAAAGAACUCACACUGGAGAAAAACCCUAUGCAUGUAACCAGUGUGGUAAAGCCUUUGCGUACAAGAAUGUUUUCUUAAUACAUAAAAGAACUCACACUGGAGAGAAAACUAAUGAAUGUAAUAAUGUGGUAAAUCCUUUGCAUGUAACAGUGAUUUCCUAAGACCUAAAGGAACCCACAGUGGAAAGAAACCUUAUAAAUAUAACCAACGUGGUAAAGCCGUUGCACUGAACAGUCAUCUGGUAGUCCAUAAAAGAACACAUACUGGAGAGAAAUCUUUUGAAUGUACCCAACGUGAUAAUGUGUAUGCAUUUCAGAGUAAUUUCUGAAAACAUAACUUACCCUGGAGAAAAAAAAAAAACACUUUAUUAAUGUAAUCAGUAUGGCAUCACCUUUGUACAACACAGCCAUCUCCUAAUUAUAAAAAAAUGCAUGUUGCAGGAAAUAUCUAUGAAUAUAAUCAAUAUCAUAAAGUCUUUUCAUGUAAUAUUCAUCUUGAACAAGAACACCUCAUGCAGUGAAACCCUAUUAAUGUAACCAGUGUGUCAAAGUCUUUGAAUGCCAUAAUAAUAUCCAUGUACAUUGAAGAGUACACACUGGAGAGAAGACAAUGCGAUAAAGCCUUUCAAUGUAAUAGUAAUCUCCUAUGAGAUAAAGAACACAUACUGGGAAGAAGCCUCACGAAU